AUGAAGCUCUUAUUCCCUCUCAUGGCCAUUGUACUGGAGGCUUUCAUGAUUGCUUUAUUUGGAUACUUUGUCAAGUAUGAAACGGAGCAGAACACUAUCCAACAGCUCAACAGCACCAACACAACAAAAGUGGACAGAUCCCUUGAGUUACAUCCUCUAUUCCAAGAUGUGCAUGUAAUGAUAUUUGUUGGGUUUGGCUUCCUUAUGACCUUCCUGAAAAAAUAUGGCUUCAGUAGUGUGGGCAUCAAUCUACUCAUUGCUGCAUUGGGCCUCCAAUGGGGCACUUUUAUUCAGGGGAUCAUGCACCACCAUGGACAGACAAUUUACAUUGGAAUCAAAAACAUGAUAAAUGCAGACUUCAGUACAGCCACAGUCCUGAUUUCUUUUGGAGCUGUCCUGGGAAAAAUAAGUCCAGCCCAAAUGCUGAUCAUGACAAUAAUAGAAAUCACUGUCUUUGCUGGCAAUGAAUAUGUGGUUGGUGAGGUAUUUAAGGCCUCUGACAUCGGAGCAUCAAUGACAAUCCAUGCUUUUGGGGCCUACUUUGGCUUGGCGGUAGCAGGUGUCCUAUAUCGGCCAGGCUUGAGAUGGGGGCAUGAGAAGGAGGAGUCUGUGUACCACUCAGAUUUGUUUGCAAUGAUUGGGACUCUUUUCCUAUGGAUGUUCUGGCCCAGCUUUAAUUCAGCCAUUGCUGAAACUACAGAGCAACAGUACACGGCCAUCGUAAAUACGUACUUCUCCCUUGCUGCCUGCGUGCUCACAACCUAUGCAUUUUCCAGCUUCGUGGGGAAGAGAGGCAAGCUCGAUAUGGUUCACAUUCAGAAUGCAACCCUGGCUGGAGGAGUUGCUGUGGGGACCUGUGCGGACAUGGAGAUUCAGCCGUAUGGUGCUAUGAUCAUUGGGGGCAUUGCGGGAAUUGUCUCUGUGCUUGGGUUCAAGUUCCUGACUCCAUGUCUUACUGAAAAACUGAGAAUCCAUGAUACAUGUGGUGUUCAUAACCUGCAUGGCUUACCUGGUGUGAUAGGAGGCCUCGCAAGCAUUGUGGCGAUAGCCUUGGGAGCAUCUAAGGGGUCUAGCAUGGUCAUGCAGGCAGCUGCCCUAGGUUCUUCGAUUGGAACAGCGAUUGUUGGAGGGCUGAUCACAGGUUUGAUUCUCAGGUUCAUUGUCCGUGUACAGCCAACUACAGAAUUCUUCUUUGAUGACUCUGUUUAUUGGGAGUUUCUACCUCUUUACUCCAUUGGCAUUUUCCCCAGAUUAUUUCCUGCAAAGCUUAAGAGGGAUAGAUAUUUUGAUGUGUUCAAUGGGAUUUUCAGGGAAAACAGGUUUGGUGAAGAGAAUGUAGUCAGGGUCCCCAUGGGGAAAGAAGUUGACGAUGAAUGA